AUGGGUUUUGAAUUUAAAAAUUUUUUUUUUUUAAAAGAAUUACUUCAAGGAAUGUUAAAAAUUGAUGAUAGUUAUGAUAAUGAUGAUUAUGAAGAAUAUAUUAAUAAUAAUAAUAAUAAUAAUAAUAAUAAUAAUAAUAAUAAUAAUAAUAAUAAUAAUAAUAAUAAUAAUAAUAAUAAUAAUAAUAAUAAUAAUAAUAAUAAUAAUAAUAAUUCAGAAAAUAAUUUAAAUCAAAUAGAAAAUCAAAAACUAAAUAAUAAAGAAAAAAAAGAAUUAUUAAAAAGUUUUUACAAAAUUCAUAAAUAUAAAUUAGUUUUUUGUAAUAAUUUAGAUAUUAAUGAUAUUGAAUAUUUAAAUUUAUUUGAAUGUUUAAUUAGUUCAAAAUGUAUGGUAAUAUUAAAUGAAUUUAUUAAUGAUUAUGAAAGAGAUUCAAAUAGUUUUCAUAUAAAUAUAAAAGAUGAAAAAAAGUUUUGGGGAUUAGUAUUUUGUAAUGGUGAUAUAAAAUUAAUUGAAUUCUUUCAUAAAAAAAUUAAAAUGGAUUUUACAAGUGAUUGUAUUAGUGAAUAUUUCAAUUUCAAUGCAUUAAAAUGGUCACUUUCAUCAAAUAAUCCGAAUUGUGUAAAUUAUUUAUUUAAUGAAAUGAAUUAUAAAAUUCCAGAUAAUAAAACUUUUCAUGCAAUAAUAAAACCGAUUUUUAAUAAACUGUUUUUAAUUGAUUUUAAAUUAUUUAUUAAAAUUUGGAAUUCAAUUGAACCAAUUUACAAUAAAUCAACAUUUAUUGAAAGUUUUAAUAUUGAUUUUUCAUAUAGAAUCUAUUAUUUUUCAGAAAAAUAUUUAAAUUUUAAAAUUAAUAAACUUUUAAAUUUUAUUCAAUGUAUUAUUUAUUCACAAUUUAAAAUAAAUAAAGAGAAUAAAGACCAUGGUAAAAAUUCAUUAUUAUUAAAAAAAAUUAGAAAAUUAAUAAAAUUUAAUGAAAAUAAAAAUGAUGAAAAAAUUAUUCAAUCAAUUAAAUCAAUUGAAAAUUUAUUUAAAAAUGAAGAGCAAAUAAAAUUAAAUAAUAUUAUUUCAAUUUUAUUUAAAAGUAAUCAACAAAACAAUAAUAAUAAUAAUUAUAAUUAUUUAUAUAAAAAAUAUUCAAUAGUAAAAUUUGAAGAUUUUAAUUUAGAGAGAGAAUUAAAGAGAAUUUUAAUUUUUAAUUUUUUAAUUCCAUUUGUCAAAACAAAUUGUACAAAAUUUAUUGAUAAUAUUUUACCAAGUUUUAUAAUUGAAUUUGCGAGUGGUUUUAAUGAAUAUCAAUUAAUAUUAGAAUAUAGAUCUUAUCUUUUAGGGGUUUACUAUUUUAAUAAUAUUAGUAAAUGUAAUUCAAUUAUUUUAGAUUGGUGUAGAAUUGUUUCAUCUAGAAAUGCAGAUUUUAAAUUAGUUUCAUUCAUAUUUAAUGAAUUAUUAAUUGAAAUUAAUCAAUCUGAUGAUAAAUUUAAUAAUUUAUUAAAUCAAGUUUCAUUUGGUCAUCAUUUAAAUAAUCCAAAUUAUAAUGGUGAUCAAUUUGAUUGUCGUUUCUUUUCAAUUGAUCAUCAAAUUAGUUACCUUGAAAUUUUAUUUAAAUAUAAUAUUAAUUAUCCAAUUACAAUUCAAAAUGUUUUAAAGAAUGUAAUUACAAAUUCUUUUAAUAUUAAAUUAUUCACUUUAAAAAAUUAUCAAGAUUUAGGUGAACUAAUAGAAUCAUAUUAUAGCAGUAUAAUCUCAUCAAAUUAUUUUAAAAAAUUUAAUUCUACAAUAUUAAUUGGAAAUAACAUAGCAGCUGAUUAUUUUUAUAAAUUUAAAAAUAAUUUAUUUCAUUAUUGGGAUGGUUAUUUCAACAAAAACUUGUCAAAUUUUUAG